AUGCGCACGGCUUCUGCACAGCAGGGUUACUGUGGAACGCUGCCGUGCCGGUCGUCAUCGGUGGCGGUGGAGGAGGCGGCCAAAAAUUUUCCGAGGUUACAGCAGGAGGCGGAGGAGGCAGCCAAAAAUGUUCUGAGGUUACAGCAUGAUACGGAGAAGUCAGCCAAAAAUGUUCUGAGGUUACAGCACGAUACGGAGGAGAUGGCCAAAAGUAUUCCGAGGUUACAGCAGGAGGCGGAGGAGGCAGCCAAAAAUGUUCCGAGGUUACAACAGGAGGCGGAGGAGGCAGCCAAAAAUGUUCUGGGGUUACAGCACGAUACGGAGGAGAUGGCCAAAAGUUUUCCGAGGUUACAGCAGGAGGCGGAGGAGGCAGCCAAGAGUUUUCCGAGGUUACAGCAGGAGACGGAGGAGGUGGCCAAAAGUUUUCCGAGGUUACUGCAGAAGGUGGAGGAGGCGGCCAAAAAUUUUCCGAGGUUACCACAGGAGGCGGGCCUGCGACGGGUGUAA